AUGGGAUUCGGCAUAUUUGUAGCAAUUUUUCGAUUUUUGCAAAGUUACUAUCCCGAUUUAGACAGGUUGAACCUGAAAACCCUUCACAAAGAAAAAAUUAAGGAAUGGAACAUUAAAUUACAAGAGUAUCUAAAAAACAAACAGUUAAAACAAGAGGCGGAAUUGCAAGAUAAAUUAAUCAAGGAAAUUAAUGAUAAAUGGCUACCGGGAUUUGAGUAUUUAUACGAUUUUGAAUAUGGAAUUGAGGGGCACAAAGGAGAUUUGAUUUUUGCAGAUAAUAAUGGAUUUCUCGUAGCGGUUGAAACAAAAAGAAGUGGAUAUACUCCGAAGCAAAUCAUGAAAAAUAGAAAGAAAGCCAAAGAACAAGCUAUUAAAUAUCGAAAUUUACUUAUGGAAAAAACCAAAAAUGAUUUGAGUGUCAUUACGGUUCUAGGUGUCUGUUUUAUCGAUACGUAUUCGAAAAAAAAUAAACGGUUUCCCAUAGACAUUGACCAUCAAAUAUAUGAGUUGAUCCACGAGUUCUCUCCGAAUUCUGACAAAAAAUCCAUUGUUCAAACCAUUGGCGAAGAAACUUACAAUAGAUUAUCCGAAGAGAUUGAUUCUGAUGAGAAACCCCAGAAAAUCACUGAUGGACUUGAAAACAUCGAUUUAUCAUAA